AUGAAAUAUUUCGUUUAUCUUAGAGGAUUACAAGGAAAUCAAGGUGACAAAUGGUUGAACGGUCAAGUGACUGUUAAAUCAAGUUCAUACUAUCGAAUACGAAUUGAAAGAGUUGUUGGUAAUUCAUUUCAAGGAGAUGCAGCUAUUGAUGAUCUUCGUAUAUUCGAAAAUCCAUGUGUUUUAACGCCACCAGAUGCUGAUCCCUCCAAUAUUGUACCAACAACAACAUCAACAAAACCAACUAUCACAAAUCCACCGGGACCCUAUGAUUGUACAUUUGAAAGUGGACUAUGUAACGGUUGGGAAAAUAUGGCAAAUAAUCGAUUUAAUUGGACACGUGUACAAGCUUCGACUGUAGCAGCACCAGAAAUCGAUCAUACAACAAAUACUGUUCAAGGUUAUUUCAUGCAAGCUGAUUUGAGUAAAGGUCAAGCAAAUGAUUAUGCACGUUUGAAAAGUCCGACUCUCAACAAUCCUCAAUGUAUGACAUUCUAUUAUCAUUUACUUGGACAAGGUGGUACACUCAAUCUUUAUAUGGCUGCUGGUGAUAAUCUCGGUAUAUCACUUUGGAAACGAAAAGGUACACAAGGUGAUUUAUGGCGUUUUGGACGAAUGGAAAUUAAAAAAACAAAUGUUAACAUUGUGUUUGAAGCUAUUGCUGGUCCAAAUUCUAUUGGUGAUGUAUCGAUUGAUGAUGUUAUAUUUACAUCUGGUGCAUGUAAAGAAAGUGCCGCUAUUGGCGAAUCAUGUACAUUUACAGACUUUGCACAAUGUGGUUUCACACAAAAUGCAACUGCGUCAUCUUUACAAUGGAAAACCUAUACUGGUAGUGAUACUCAAGUACGUACGACACCAAUUCCAUUUGAUCAUACGACUGGUACGAAUCGUGGUUCAUAUGCUUAUAUUGAUCUUGAAAGUCAAGGUGAAAAUCUAAAUGGACGUCUCUAUUCACCAAUGUAUAAGUCAACGAAAACUCAAUCAUAUUGUCUUGAAUUUUAUUAUGUACUUGCCGGUUCAAAUAAUACAUUCAAUAUAUUAACUGAAACAACUGGUAGCACACCACGAGCUUUAUUUACACGAAACUACGAUCAUGAUUUCAUAUGGAACAAAGGUGAAAUUACUCUACCACCAUUAAAUAAUGUUCGUAUUGUUUUCGAAAUUAUAACUGGUUACUUGCGACAAGGAUUUGUUGCACUCGACGAUUCUAUGGUUAAAGAAGGUGAAUGCAGUUUACGUGCAAAUGAAUGUACAUUUGAUGAUAAUACAUAUUGCUCAUGGACAAAUGCAGCAGAUAAUCAAUUCGAUUGGAUUCUUCGUAAUGGUACAACACCAUCGGCUGAUACAGGGCCCAAUGGAGAUCAUAAAAUCUAUUUUGAUAAUCGUCCAAGAUGUUUUUCAUUUUGGUAUAAUAUGUAUGGAGUUGAUGUUGGUCGUUUAAUUGUUAAUGUACGAUCACUCGUAUCUGCUAAUUUGACUUCAGAAUCAUUAGUAUGGGCAUUGGCUGGACCACGUGCUCGUGGAAAAUCUUUUGAAGGUGAUAUUGCUGUUGAUGAAAUUGGAGUUCAACAAACAGAUUCAUGUAAAUUACAACCAUUUGAAGCUGAUCCAGUUGAAGUUUCACAAGCAUUAGUAACCUGUCGAUUUGAAGACGAUUUUUGUCAAUGGAAAUUUGAUCCAACAGGUCAAUUCAAUUGGACUAGACAUACAGGAAGUACAGGCUCAUCGGGUACAGGCCCAACUACAGGCGCAGACAAUUCACCAUUUUACAUUUAUAUCGAAGCAAGUUAUCCACGAGUAGAAGGUGAUCGUGCUGGUCUGAUUUCACCAUAUAUAUCAAAACCGAUAGGAACAAUGUGUUUUCAAUUUUACUAUCAUAUUGAUAUUCCAUAUAAUUUUGCUCUCAAACUCGAUGGUUAUGUUGGAAGUGGAUGGGAAGGAGAUAUAUCGCUUGAUGAAAUAUUUUUAACCGAUGGUGAAUGUCCACCAACAGAUUGGUGUGAUUUUGAAACUUCAUUCUGUGGAUGGAUUAAUGAUACAACAUGUGAUUUCUAUUGGACACGUACACAAAAAGCAACGGAUUCUAUUGGUACUGAACCAACGACUGAUCAUACGACGGGAACUGAUCGUGGUUAUUAUAUUUAUAUUGAAACAUCGUCUCCUCAAAUUCGUGGACAAAAAGCACGAUUAAUAAGUCCAAUGUAUACUUAA